AUGGCUGACGAAGAAGGAGAGGAAGAGUAUAUGUCGGAAAACGUUCAAGAAAUCGUGAAGCAUGCUAUGGACCAUACUCUUCAGAAUGCCAUCUAUUCUAAGGACAAAGUUAACACUUGGUGCAAUCAGCUGUUGGAUUCGUGUUUGAAGGAAUUAGCAAAGCUCGAUAAACCGUUCAAAUACAUUGUUACGUGUGUGAUCAUGCAGAAGAACGGGGCGCCGCUGAGCACUGCAGCCACGUGUUGGUGGGAUCUCAAAACUGAUGGUCUUACUUGUGUGCAGGUGGAGAAGGAGACACUCGAUUGUGAGGGGGAGAUGCUUUCAGG